AUGUUGAUCCACCAUCCUGAACAUAUCAAAAACCUUGAUCAAUUUCAUCAACCUUCACAACAAUCAUCCUGUAACCUUUCAUCCUGUAACCUUUGUGUAAAAUUUUUACAGUAUAUUAUCGAACAACACAUCACUCAAAAUAACGACGAAAAAAAUCAUUUUCAUUGUCAAAAAUGUGAUAAAGAAUUUGGUGCAGCAUUUGAUCUGCAUCAACAUCAACGGGAUAAGCACAAACUAGCCGUAUGCAAAGCAUGUGGCAAAGAAGUUAAAGAUCUUAAGAAAGUUUUAUGUGAAGAACAUAAUACCAACAAAAAAAAGAAUGUCGAAAGCCCUGAAAGCAUUCCAAAAAAACUUGCCUACUUCUGUGAUAUUUGUAAUAGAGUUUUUUUGAAACUCGAAGAUAUCAGAAAGCAUGAUCAGUCAAAACACGGAAUUAGCAAAAAAUCCAAAAAAAGGCGUUAA